CGACAAUUUCUGUUGCAUUUACACUCGGAUUUGUAAAUGGAUAAAAUUAACGCUGUCAUAUACAUUGUACUGGUGGUUUGUGCUGCAAACGUAGAAAGUACCAGAGUAUUCCCAGAAAGAUUUUCGUUUGGCACUGGAACGUCCGCUUAUCAAACCGAAGGUGCUUGGAACGAAGAUGGAAAAUCUGAGAACAUAUGGGAUCAUUGGAUUCACAGUGAUCCAUCGCACAUAAAAAAUAAUGACACUGCCGAUCUCGCUUGUAAUACAUACCAGUCUCCGUUAGUGGGCAUGUAUCAUUCAUUGAAAUUACACGUUCAGCAUUACCGUUUUUCUUUAUCAUGGAGCAGGAUAUUGCCGACUGGAUUUGCGAAUGAAGUCAACAUGAAGGCUAUUAAGCAUUAUCAAUAUGUUAUAAAAGAUUUACUAUUAUUCGACAUCAAACCAGUAGUGACCUUAUAUUACCAUGACUUACCCCAGUCCCUGCAGAAUAUAGGGGGUUGGACAAAUCCAGAUAUGGCCAAAUACUUUGCGGACUACGUUAGGGUUUGUUUUCAGUAUUUUCCCAACGUUAUGUACUGGAUAACAUUUAACGACCCAAGAAGCACUUGUAGAAAAGGAUACGGAGAAGGAACAUUUGCACCUGGUAUAAAUUCAGACGGAGUAGGAGAAUAUCUGUGCGCUUACACAAUUCUUAAGGCACACGCUGCAGCUUAUCAUUUAUAUAAGGAGGAAUUUAAGGACUUGAAUGGUACAAUAUCUAUUGCAAUUGAUAUGAUGUGGUCUGAACCAGCUUCAGAAACUGACAUAGCGGCUGUAGAAAGAAGAAACGCUUUUGAGUUUGGUUUGUACGCCAACCCCAUCUAUAAAGGAAACUGGCCCCAGGAAGUUAUAGACAGAAUUGAUUACAGAAGCAAGAAAGAAAAUUUCACCAAAUCUCGCCUUCCCAAAUUUUCCAAUGAAGAAAUUAAUUACAUAAAAGGUACUUCGGACUUCAUGGCAAUAAGUCUGUUUUACGCAAACAUUGUUGAAGACUCCGAAGAAGCUAAAUUCGACGAUCCCAGUUACGAGAAGGAUAUGAAGGCUAAAGUCUAUUUGAACUCAAAUUGGAGUUUGGCAGUGAACGGACAGCCGAUCGUCCCAUGGAGUGCCAGAAAGGCCCUAGCUUGGUUAAGUUCUUCUUUUAAUGAUCCUAAAAUAUUUAUUACUGCAAAUGGUAUUCCAGACAGUGAAAAUAUUACUGACAGUACCAGAGUUAACUACUUUCAGGAUUAUCUCCUUGCGAUACUUGAUGCAAUUGAAGAAGAUGAAGUGAAAGUCUUUGCAUAUACAGCUUGGAGUUUAUUCGACUCUUUUGAAUGGACAGAUGGAUACAGUUAUAAAUUUGGCUUCUUCUGGACAGAUUUUCGCAACAUCACGUUCCAUGAAAGAGCUUCUCUAAAUUUUUAUUCCAGAGUUGCUCAAUUUUUCAUCGUCCCAGAAAAACCCACUACAAGUACAGCAGAUGUCACAACGGACACUAUCCCACAUACCACUCCCGAUUCUGCCACCAAAAUUGCCUUAUAUUCUUCACUGAUAUUAACCAUGGCAUUUCUAUUCCAAAUACUAUUUUAAAUAAUAUUAAUAUACGUAUAUUAUAUUAAUUUUUCAA